UCCUCCCUCUCAACACGAGAUUCAAACAGUUCAAAGACUUUUACUCCCCUCCCGCAAGCUACAUCGCAGUCGUCAUGCCCGCCUUGAAGCUCAUCAGUCUCGCCAUGCUCGUCAUGGCUCUCUGCGCCGGUGCCAUCGUUGCCGUCGUCGUAGGCACGCCAAACCCGGUGUCGCCGACGGAGCGGCGCAUCUUGGGAAGAGAUGCAGAUGCAGGUGCAGGUGCAGGUGCAGGUGCGGCAUCAUCAUCGGUAAGCACGCUCGCCGCCGCCUUUACACGACGCAAGGCAAAGGCACCCUUGAUCGGUCCUCCAGGAAGCAAAGACUGCCCUUACUGCUGCGUGGUGGAGAAGGGCGGGGGCAGCGCCACUUGCCCAGGACCGUGCUCCUGCGAGUAGAGGCGAGCGAGCGCUAUAGUUCCACUGCGUGAGUCCCCGGGCGUCAUGUUCCGUCGUCGUCGUGAUGAGAAAGCAAUAGGGGCCUGAUAAGCCAGCUGCGCUCUACAUCGUGCAGCUA